CACCAACCUCACGCAACCAAACCGCAUGGCCGCCCUCCCACUUCUGCCAUCAAAACCCCCGCCCACCAUCAAUAAUCCGACCUUUCUUCAUCACCGUUCUUCAUAACCCACCUCCGCCGACCUGCUAGAGAUCUGAAACUCCGCGAAAACCCGUUGCUUCGCGUCCUGCGCGCAGUCGCAAUUCACCCUCCGCGUCGCCAGCCAUGGCGGGCACCAUCCGCCCCGACACCAUCACCGUGUCAACCUCGACUCCCAUCAUCUCCUCCAAAUCUCUCCCAACCACCGCGCCUGCUGUCAAACCGGUAGGAAAGCCUACAGUCACCGCUCCGCGCAUUGAUCUCGAGCCGCUGUACACGGCGCUCAAGUCAGCCGUUGGAGACACAGAUUGGACCAUAUACAAGGAAGCCAUAAGAUGUUUCGUGAUAGGCGAGCUCAACCAAGAGGAACUAUCCCGUCGCAUCGACCCCUUCAUAUGUUGCGAUCCCGCGCGCGAACACCUCCACAAUCAGUUUAUAACUGCAAUAUAUGGCAACACGUACCGAGACCCCCCGGAACCGGGCGUAGCAACAUGGGUCAGCGCGAGUGAUAAGCCGACUGCUGUCACCAAGUCUGCGACGGGUGACGAGGGGGAGGAGAGGUUGAAGAAGGAGAUUAUGCAGCUACCGAGGCGAGAGCGGAAGCGGCUAAAGACUAUUCAAGAUGCGUCGCCUUACGAUCAUUUCUCACAGACCAUGACGGACUAUCAUGGUGCGCGACAAAUUAAGCCUCCAGAUACCGGUCCUGCAUCCGCGGGCGGAUAUAGCAAGACCAACUGGGACCUCGAAAUCCGGAAACGGUACGCCCAACCUCUAUUUAGCGAAACGAACGAAUUUCCAGACCGCGAAACUAUUGCUGCGCGCAUGGUGCCCAUAUGCUACGAAGAAGGUCUCGCAAACGGUGCAGCACCAGGGGCUGCGGAUUUCUUGAACAUUGCUACGGAGGCCUACAUCAAGGAAGCACUAUCGAAUAUUCUCGGUCGUAUCUCCUCAAAUGGUGCACCAUAUGUCAAAACCGCCAGCUACAAGCGACGGUUAGAGGCCGAAGAAGAGAAAUUUGCUCGCGGCGAAGUGGUUAAGAACCCCGGUGGUCGAUUACCGGUAGAGGUUGAGUCGGCAGCCGCACGACCACCACUAAGCAUGGAAGAUCUGAAACUCGUCCUCCUACUUGGUGACAGCUACCUCGGUCAAGUACCCCUGAUCGCGGGCCAGAUCACAAAUGGUGGCCAUUUAGACGUCGAGUUCGAGGGCCGAGAAGUGGGCGAUGAAAUAGCUAAAACACCGGACCGAAGAGAAAGAGUAAACGGCGUCAACGGUGCUGCUAAAGGCCUCACUAACGGCGUUGGUCAUGGCGCCGGUGCUGAUGCUGCGCUCGAUGACGCUGAAUGGACAUGGCAGGGCGGUUCCACAGCUGAUCAAGAUACGCUCAACUCGGUACUCGAUCAAGUCCUUGCUCUGGGAACUUGAUCGCGUCACUAUUCUCUGCAUUCACAUUCAAACGGCGCAGCUUUCCGCUGGGUUUCAAUUACGGCAUUUGGCUUUUUUGCAUCAAUUUUGGCGUUUUUUUUGCACUCUGCGUGCAUGCAGUUGUGGCUUUAGCAUAUUUCGGCGUUGGUUUUUGUCUUCUCUUUUUCUAGAUUCCUCCUGAGUCUCUGUUGGCAUGAGCUUUGUAUAAAUUUUCCUUGCGGCGCGUCAGGCUUUGGGUGGAAAAGGAUCGCGGCUUGAUACCCUGGAUUUGCAUGUUGGAUUGGGCGGUUACAUGAACCUCCCUCGUAUGUUCUGGAUUCGAGAGACGAAAUGGAGAUGAUUCAAUGCUUCUUGCUACUGUCUUGGGUGCUUCAACCUCCUUUUUGGAACUCUGAUCGAGGCAAAAGGUCACUACUCCGACCAAGCGGUGGAAUUAUACAGGGAAACCAUCGAGGAAGACACGGUUGAAACGGUAGGC